CUUUUGUAUACCGAGUUACCAAAUCACAGUCAAGCUGGCGGCGCGCAGUUUGCACCACGACAGACAUUAACAGCCAUUGUCCAUUUCGAUUCCAUUCCAAUUGUCCAUCAACCUUCCAACCCCCCCCUCCACCUACCCCUACUUCUUCUUCCUUCUCUUCUUCUCCCUCCUCCUCCUCCUCCCCGUCGCCCCCCCUCUUCAUCUACACGGUUUACAUCUUUCUUAGUGUCAAGCAUCACGACGAACGACAACUGUUACGAUCAACGAAAACACUCCCCCCCAAAGCCCCACACAGCCCCUCCCCUUCCUUCCCCCCUCACCAUCUUCCCCGCCCCCCCCCUUCCAACACACACACCCACAACACACACACAAACAAUCUCAUUCCCUCACACCGCCGCCGCCUUCACCCAACCCGCCCCCACCCGCCCCCCUCUGCAUCUCGGCCCCCUUCAUCAAUCACACAAACACCUUCACACUUUAUCAGUCUGCCAGCUACCACGUUUUGCACGCUGCCCCCCAACCCCUCUGCCCCAUCCAAACACAUCAACAAAGACACGGCUUGUCACGCCGGACUCGAUGCCCACGCGUUCCUAGACAAUCUCCCGUGACGACCGCGACGAGCGUAAAUUCUAUUCUACACGACGACAAUCAUCACCACAACAACCACCACACACACACGGAACACCACCUACAGCAUGAACCACCAGCACUCGCCCCCUCUCCAGAGUCUGCACGCAAUGUCCAUCACGCCCGCCCCAUACGGUCUCCAGUCCGAGUACCCCUACAACGGGGUCUUUGGCCCCCCGGCAGCCACGCCGUCGGGCGCCCAGCCUGCCCGCGGAUGGACGAGCAGCCCAAAGCGCGGCUCGCGUUCGGGAAUCCCAACAGCUUGGUAUGAACCUCAGCCUGAAACUGGGUCGCUCAACCACCCGUACGACUCGUUUCGACGCGACGCGUCCUCACCGCCGACACUGUCGCCACCCUCGUCGACCACGUCGGGCGCGACAUCUGCACAGCCAUACUUCCCCGCUUUCCAGCUUGAGCCGUUUGGCCUGGCCCCUUCUCCGCCCCCGCAGAUCGGCUACGGUCUCGCGACGGCUGGCGCUGCCCCCGGGUUCAACGCCGGCGGCGGUCUCCCCCCUUUCGGAUCUCAGCAACUAGGAUCGAUGCCACCCCGUCCGACCCAGUGGCGUACCCCGUACAUGCCUGCCGUUGACGAUGACGUGAUCCCCACGGCCAUCGUUAUCAAGAACAUCCCGUUCGUGGUGAAUCGCGAGACGCUGCUGGCCAUUAUCGAGUCGCUCGGCGCGCCGCUGCCCUACGCCUUCAACUACCACCAUGACAAUGGCAUCUUCCGUGGCUUGGCGUUUGCAAACUUCCGUGCCCCAGAGGAAGCUGCGAGCGUGGUUGCCGCGCUCAACGGGUACGACGUCCAGGGCCGCAAGCUACGCGUCGAGUACAAGAAGGUCUUGCAGCCCGGCGAGAAGGAUCGCAUCGAGCGUGAAAAGGCCAUCAAGCGCAUGAAGAGCAUGCAAAUUGACGCUGUCGCAAAGUCGCAGGCGCAGCAAGCGCAGGACGUGCCUCCUCUUCCACCUCUCAACCUGGCCCAGCAGCAGCAGCAGCAACCGCAACAGCAACAGCAGCAGCCGCAACAGCAUCACCAGCAGCAGCAGCAAGUGAGGGCGAACGGCCACGGCCACCACCCCCAGUUCAGCUUUGACGGCGCCUCCGACGACAGGAGCCCCCCGCAUUCGGCGACGUCCAACAGUUCGGACAAUCUCCCUGUUGCCCUCGAUCUCAAUGACCCUGGAAAUCUCCGCAUCUACAACAUGGUCUACAUGUUCAAGGAGGACCGCAUGCGGGACGAGCUGGCCCUCUCGCGCAACCUUACGCCUACGGAACGCCGCAUCGUCCAUCUCGUCGCUCAGAAGCUUGGUCUCACUAGCAUCACAAAGGGCGACGGUGACGCCAAGCAUGUGGUUGUGACCAAGGAUACGCCGCCGCCGACCCAGCAGUCGACGACCACGAGCCUCCUUGCCCCAUACAACUCGGACGGCAACCCUACGCCGGGUUUGCGGAUCAAGAAGUCGAUGCCCGACCUGCGCGGCUUCAACGGCCCUGUGGUUGCUCGUGACCCCGCGCGCAGCUUGACGCCUCAGCGCUCGUCGGGCAACUUGCGCGCUGAGGCUGCCGGUGGUGCCGUCAUUGGCCGCGACUAUUCCUCGAUGGGAGCGUCGCAUGGCCGCCGCCUCAACGGCCACGGCCUGGGCUCUGGCACCUUCAACAGCUUCUUCGGAACGCCUGUUGGCGCGCCGCCCGUGCCGCCUCUGCCUGCGUCGCUGCCCGACGGCACCUCGCUCACGGGCGAGUCGAGCUCGCAGCCUCUGCGCAACCCGCGCGGCCCGAUCGGCGAGUCGCGCGGCUUUGCUUCUGGUGCGAUCCGACCCAUUUCGAGCUCGCUGCGUGGUGUCCCCGGUGCGCUUGCACUAGGUCGCCGCGUGAGUGAGGAGGACGAGCACGACUCGGCAACGUCGCGCACGCGCGAGGAGCUUGAUCUCUGAGAGCUGGGACGCGACCGCCAUUUAACGCUCCAUCUAUAGAGCCGGCGCAGGCGCUGAGUGACGACCACGACAAGAAACGGAUUAUACUACUAACACCACCCCCACCCACGCAACUCCAACGCCAUUCAUCACCACCCACAGCCCGUCUUGAACAUUAUAGCUACAGCCUUGUGCCAAUGCCAGGAGGGAUAUGUACUUGUAUUGCGAUGAGAACAGUUACGAUAGCAGGGGUGUGCGGGUAGGGUACUGUGGGUCGAGGGUUGGAUCGCUGGAAUGGGACGCGUGGGAUCAACAUAAACAAACAUUGCGAUUCCAACGGGGAGCGGAGCGGCAUUGAGGCUCAGGCUUUGACUCAGGCUCACGGCUCAGGUCCGCGGCACGGCAGGGCCGUAGUGCGAGAGGUGACGCACACGGAAU